UUGGGCUUCCUGUGUAUCAUUGAUCAACAUAUUCCUUGCUUCGUCAAGCCAUUUUUUUUCACCAGCACAUCAAUGUUGGAAGUUUUUUUGCAGCUUUUGCGGCCGAAAACAUCAAAUAUAGACCAGAAUCAUAAAGAAUAUUGAAGAAGGACAACACAGAGGCCUAUUACAUCGAUAAUGGCCCAAUCUCGAGUUUUAGUGAUUGGUGCAGGAGUGAUGGGGCUCACCACAGCCUUGGAACUUGUACAACAUGGGUACCAAGUUACAGUGCUGUCUAAAGACUUCAUGUCUCCAGACAACAAGUCUAAACUAACAUCACAAGUUGCAGCAGGUCUAUGGAAAAUUCCAGUGCAUUCCAGCGACUGGAGAGAUGAUAAAGUCAGAGAAAACAUCAGGAGAUGGGCUCUUCGCAGCUAUGCCAUCUAUUCCAAGUUGUCGCAAGAUGACAAAAACACAGGUGUUUACUUCAGACCAAGGAUUAAUCUCUACUAUACAAAGAUCAAUGAUGACCCAAAAGCAAAGCUGUUUUUGGAGGAUCACUGUCAGUUACCAGGGUUUCGUCACUCAGAUCAAAUUAUUGCAGAAUAUGGAUUUUCAACAACCUGUGGCUUGGUGGAUGCGUUUUUAUUUCAUGCACCGCUGGUAGAUACUGAUGUCUUUCUCAGUUGGCUGACAGGACAGUGCACAUCAAAUGGUGUGAAUUUUGUUCAAGAAACUAUCCACGGACCCUUGAGACCACAGCGUGAGUCACUGAUGAAAAAGUACAAAGCAGGACAUAUCGUGAAUUGCACUGGAGUCAAUGCAAGAGAAUUAGCAGAAGAUAACGAUGUUUACCCCAUGACAGGUGCUGGUUUGAUUCUCAAUUUCUCGGAUGCUCCCUUUCAUUGCCCAAGGUUUGGUGCUGAGGUUCAUAAUCACUGGCACGACGAUCGAUUAAAUGUUGGAGGAAAGGGAGUAAUAGUUUUUAGAGGUGCCAGUUUAUGGCUUGGGACAAUCGAACACCCGUCCUACGACACUAACUUAGACGUCAAGCACCCCUUCAUCACACGAAUGCUACGAGAGGUCCAGACUGUAUAUCCUCCAUUACAAACCAUUUCCGAAGACAACCUUCAAGUAACUGUUGGUGUGCGUCCYAUGCGCACAGGGAGCCCACGUGUUGAACAAGAUUCUACAUGUCCUUAUAUCAUUCAUAAUUAUGGACACCGUGGUUUGGGAAUUAUGAUGACGUGGGGAUGUGCGGAGGAUGUUUUGAAAAUUAUUAUGAAAUCUCAGUCAAUGGGUCCAAAUGUGGUGCAGGACUUGACCCUCGCGGAUCUUAUUUACCCUGACAUUGACCAGGCCAUUGAUUCUGGACAUUUCAAGAGAAGACUACUUUUUACAAUCAUGUUCCACAGCACUGCUCAACAACCAUCGUUUAAGCGAAGUAAAGGUCGCAUUUUAGUGAUUGGAGCAGGAGUUAUUGGACUUACUACAGCCUUGGAGCUUGUCCAACAUGGAUAUCAAGUGACAGUUUUGGCAAAAGAUUUCGUCGCUCUGGACAACAAGUCAAAACUAACAUCGCAAGUAGCAGCAGCAUUUUGGUCGAUGCCAGUGCAUGCUUAUAAAUGGAAGGAUCAACAUAUGGAGAGAAAAAUCCGGGAAUGGACCAUGCAUGGCUACAGGGUGUUUAGUAAACUGGCCAGCAACUCCGAAGAGACGGGAGUCUUUAUGAGGACAAGGAUUAACGCAUAUUAUAAUAAUAUUAAUGACGUACAAUCUGACAAGAUAUACGAAGACGACCACAGUAGUUUACCAGGAUUUCGUCAUUCGAGGCAAAUCUUAAAAGAAAGAGGUAUCUCAGAGGAGACCGGGUUGGUUGAUGCUACGUCUUUCUUAGCACCAUUGACCGACGCUGAUGUUUUCAUGAUGUGGCUGACAAAACAGUGUAUGUCAAAUGGUGUCAAUUUCGUUCGAGAAUCUCUCCAUGGACCCUUGAGAACACAGUGUGACUCGCUGAUGAAAAAGUACCAAGUAGAUAGGAUAGUGAACUGUUCUGGAGUCAACGCUAGAGAAUUAGCAGAAGAUAACGAUGUUUACCCCGCAACAGGGUUAGGUCUCAUGGUCAAUAAUACCGAUAGUGGUGUCAAGCCUAUCGACUUUGCCCUGUCGAUUCUUGGUAAACCAACAUGGUAUGAUGACAAGACCAAUACGUCUGGAUUUAUUGGUAUCGCACCAAGAGGUAACCACGGUUUGUGGAUCGGCACAAUCAAACAGGAAUCAUACAAGACGGAUUUCCAUAUUGACGACCCAAUCACUAGUAGAAUGCUAAGUGAAUGUCAAAAGGUGUAUCCACCUUUGAAAAACAUACCACAAGACAAGAUUGAGAUUACAGUGGGUAGAAGGCCCAUCCGCAAGGGAGGACCACGGGUCGAACAAGAUCCUAACUGUCCCGGUCUUGUACACAACUAUGGACACUGCUCAUUUGGGAUUUUUUUAUCCUGGGGUUGCGCACGGGAAAUUCUUAACAUUAUGGAAAAAUCCACGAUCGCAAAAAGCUCUAGCCUUUGAAAGUUUUAACAAUGUUUUUAGUAUUUUUAAAGAUAAGAUAAUGAAUUAUCCAAACCAGUGAGUGUGAGAAUCUAUUGCACAUGGUCUGCCUGCGUGCUGCACCCAGACAACGGGUUAUCGUGGUUACGGAGCAAAUUUGACAGAGCUACGAAACAUAUACUUGAUCAAUCAAGUCAUGCCUACUUUAGACCAUAAAAUCCUAAAUUGCCUUUUUAAAGUUAUCUUUUUUAUUACAGGGAUACUUGACAGAGGUAAAACAAUUUAAACCUAGAAAAGCCUUAACUAAACUAAGAAAAAGAAAUCACAACUCAGAAUUGAAUAUGGCAGUUACUCGGGCUACAAGAAAGCAUAUAUCAGGCUUACCCUUAUUGUGGAACUGUUUUAGGGGACCUAAUUCCAAGAUGACGCCUAUUUCGUAACCUAAAACACUCCCAUAAUUCACUGCAAUUCCAACUAGACCCAGUUUUUCCUCAACCUGGAAAUAACUAAUAUUAGUAGCUAACUUAGCAUAGAAUUUUUUGCGAAUAUUAGUAAUACUGACUUACACUAUUUUAUGCUAAUUCUAUUGUUUUCUUUUGUUUAACUAGCACUAUUUUGAACAAUUUAGUAAUUAAUGAUUCACGGAUA